AUGGCGCUGCGGGCAGACGGGGCACGCGGCGGCCAGCCGCCGGCAGGUGGGGGGCGGCGGCGGCGACUCUGGCCCGCCGUACUGUGUUGCUUCGGUGGCUGUUGCGGCGAGGAGGCGGAGGCUGGGACGCCGCCGCGGGAGCGGCUGCGGCGGAGGAAGCGCACCGUGCCGGUGGACGGCGCCGGGGGAGAGGUGGCGUCGUCUUCGGCGAGCCCGGCUGACCGGGAGAUGAGGAGCGCCGCUGCUGAGGUGGGCGGCGAAGGGCCUCGUCGCCGGCGCGGCGGCUGCUGCUUCUUGCCGCCGCUGGAGUGCUUGCCUGGACUCAAGCGUAAUAAUGUCAAGAGAAGCAACAGCAACGUCGACCAUGGCAGGCAGCGGCGGCAAGAGCCCACGGCGGCGGCGCCGCCGCCGCCGUCGCGGCCACGGAACGUCAGAGCUCCACCGGCCGAGCUGCUGCCAUCGCCGCCCCGCGGGCGCGGCGCCAUCGCCAAGACGCGGGCGGACGAGGCCGCCGCCGCCGCGGACGCGGACGCGAGCUCGAGCGACGCCGUGGCGCGUCGUGAGUUCGGCCCGGCGGUGGGGGUGUCCGUGGUGGCGGCGGUGUCGAUGGUGGGGCUGCUCGGCGGCCGGGUCUGGGCCGUCGUCUGCGUGUGCGCGUGGUUCGCCGCGCUGUACGGAGUCCAGCUCAAGCGGCGCGGCCGGAAGGCGCCGCCGCCGCCGCCACCGGCUGAUGGCGGCGGCGGCGGCGGCGAGGAGGUCGUCGACGUGAACUCGAAGGAAUACAAGAAGCUGGUCGUGCUCAAGGGGCUUCUCGAGCGGGAUGGCUGCAGAUAGCUUAAUUCUACGUUUCUGCUUGUGAAUUAUUCGCAAACUAAGAUCAAAAUGUUCAGAAAUAUUUUUGAAUGUAGACAAAAAUUACUGCCUAAUUCAUUAAUAAACAAGCAUUGAAGAAAUUAUUCUUCCUAGGGUAGAAAUGCUCUUUGUUUGUUUCUUAAGUACCCAUUAGGCACCAACCUUGAUUGCCUCAUCUUUUAUCUUGGC